GACCUAGUUUUGAUGCCGGAGUCUCUCUGUACUUGUGAGUCACUAGUUACUUUGACGCUAAGUUCAAGCCCUAAUAUCUGUUUUCCUAAAAAUAUAUCUUUUCCAAGACUAGAAUCUCUUGGGCUUACUCAAGUUGAAUUUAGAGAUGAGUGCUGGUAUGAGCAACUCUUUUCCAAUUGCCCCGUACUUGAGUCGUUGCUAAUGGUAUCUUGCACCUGGUCUGAUAUGAAGAGUUUUUGUAUCUCGAACCCUGCACUGAAACACUUGAUUAUUGUUAAUGCUGAUUUCCGAAACUGUGCUCUCAAAAUUCAUGCACCAAGACUAGAGAUUCUCUCCUACAUAGGCAGGGUCGCAAAGGAUUAUAUCCUCUCUAGCUUUCCAACACUGGUUAAAGCAUACAUUAAAUUUUUCUUUGAAGAAGAUGGUGCAAUGUGGGAGCAAAUGAUAGAUUAUGGUGCAGUCGUAAGUAAGUUUCUUCAAGCACUUGCACAUGUAGCGAAUCUGAGAAUUUCUGGUCCAACCCUGCAGGUUCUCUCGAUUGCAGACGGUUUAUUGAACAAUUUACCUUCAUUUCACAAUUUGCGCAAGUUGAGCCUGAUUGAUGAAGUAACCGCUGAUAAAGCACUAAUUGCUUUGCUCGAAACUGCACCUAAUCUGGAGUCAGUUCGAAUUUGAAGGGUUUGCUCCACCUUUCCCCAAUGAUGAAGAAGACGACGAUGAUGAUGAUUCAGGUGAUGAAGGGGGUGAAGACAACCACUACAAUGAAAACGAAGCUGAUGAUUCUGAGGGUGAAGAUAAC